AUGGGCUUCUGUGUGGAUUUUAUACACAAUGAGAGAGUGGGGAAGAAUCCAAACUUAUGGAUAAUCUGGAGAAAUUCAUUCUCUAAGCCAGUGGUCUAUAGCUCUUCUGAUCAGCAAAUCACGAUAUUCAUGGAGGUGAGGAGCAAAAAAUUCUUCCUUUUGGCUGUGCAUGCUAGCAGCCUACGUGCUCGAAGGAGGGAUCUUUGGGUGCAUUUGUCGAGUCAGCCUAUUUCAUCACUGCCUUGGCUUGUGGUAGGGGACUUUAAUGCAACCCUACUGGCGUCUGAGAAAAGAGGACCGGGUGCUUUUCAUACAGGGGUUGCAAUGGAUUUUGCGGCUUUUUUGGACUCUACUUCUCUCCUUCCUUUACCGUCUAAAGGAAAUAGAUUCACAGGGAGCAACAAUAGAAAACAAGGGAAUGCAUCUGUUGUCCUGGAUAGAAGUUUAUGUAACCAUGCCUGGCUGGACCAUUACCAUGAUGCUUAUCAGCGGCUAGAGCAUAAGGACUUUGCCGCUGUGGUGCGCCAGUCCUGGGGUGGAUAUGUGUCAGGCUCCCCUUUUUAUGUAGUCACUCAGAAGCUAAAAGGAUUGAAAGUGGCCCUUAUAGGAUGGUCUAGAGCUGCCUUUCCCAAUGUAAAUAUUGAGGUCGAUCGAGCUAGAGCAGCACUGGAGGAUGCCCAGGAGAUUAUGGAGACGGUGGGAACCACAGAAAUUCAGGCUCUUACUUGUGGGGAUCGUAACACAAGAUUCUUCCACCUGGCUACUAAGAUCAGGCAUUCUAAGAACCUCGUUCGGGUGUUAAAGAAGGCUGAUGGGACUGUUCUCAAUGAUGGACCCCAAAUCAACACCUAUGUAACAGAGUACUAUGAAGCUUUUCAUAAGAGAGUGACUACUGAAGCAUGGCUGGAUAUCCUAUCUUGCAUUCCGUCAAUAAUUUCUGCGAAUGACAAUAUUUUUCUUACGGCUGUACCAAGCAGGGAGGAGAUAAAAGCCACAACCUUUGACUUGGAUCCAGAUAGUGCGCCUGGUCUGGAUGGGUUUCCAGGGGCAUUUUACAGAUCCUGUUGGGAGAUUAUUGAGAGUGAUGUAUGUCGGGCUGUCUCACGAUUUUUUGUUGAUGGCAUCAUUACCAAGGGGAUUAAUAAUAAUUUCAUCAUGCUAAUCCCAAAAGUUGAAGAAGCACUUACCCUGGAUAAGUUUCGGCCUAUCUGUGUUGGCAAUUUUCUAUAUAAGCUGAUUCCCAAAAUCCUUGCGACCCGCUUGUCUGGCUUUCUUCCGAGGUUGAUUUCAGAGGAACAAGGUGCUUUCCAAAAGGGGAAAGUCAUUUUUUCCAACAUUUGUGUGGCUUCUGAGCUGACAAAUAUUCUACAUAUGAAAUCUUAUGGUGGAGGGAUGGGCCUUAAGCUGGAUAUUCAAAAAGCUUAUGACUCUAUGGAAUGGGACUUUAUGUUCAAUGUGAUGAGAAAGUUCGGAUUCAAUAACAAAUGGGUCAACAUGAUUUAUCAGCUACUUUCUUCGGCUUGGCUCUCAAUACUCCUUAAUGGAGGACCAAUUGGUUUCUUUGGUGUAGAAAGAGGACUACGACAAGGUGACCCCCUGGCGCCCCUUCUUUUUAUUAUUGUAGAAGUCCUGUGUAGGGGUUUUGCAGAGUUACAGUCCAGCCACAAGAUCACCCCCUAUCAGGACCUAGAGGCACAGGCCAAUGAAAUCAUUGAAGUAUUGUGGAAAAAGCCGAGCUUUGAUUGGGUGAAGCUGAAUAUUGAUGGAUGCUCAUUGGGGAACCCGGGUCAUUCCAGUGCUGCAGGAAUUUUUAGAAAUUCCCAAGGUCAGCCUGAGGGAAGCUAUGCCGAAUACCUGGGAAUUGCUACAAACCACACUGCAGAGUUUACGGCUUUCUUUAUUGGUGUGCAGAUGGCAUGUGACAUGCAUGUUAGACGACUGUGGAUUGAAUGUGAUGCAGAGAUAGUCGUGGCUGCUAUAAAAAAUGGGAACAUCCCCUGGAAAUUCAAACAGGCUUGGCUAGGCAUGGCAAAUUAUCUCCAAGGCAUCAGGUGGGAAAUCACUCAUAACUACAGGGAGGCAAACACAGUGGCUGACCUUAUUGCAAAGAAAUGUGCCUCUACUCACACUUCUCAACGAUGGGGUAUAGCACCACCCUACGUUCACUACGAGAUUGAGUGGGACUUGCAAGAGAGGAGUCGAUUUCGGUUUCGAUGA